AUGUACUAUUACCCGUUGUCGUAUCAAACUUUAUCACGUGUUCUCUCUCUAUCUCUUAACGUGUCUUCUUCUUCCUUACACAUCCCUCCAUUAUUGACCUCCCAAAUAUUCUUUAAUGCUCUUUCUAUUUCCCACUCAAAAUCCUCCACCUUUAUUCUCAAACUUUCAAAAAUGGCGAAUCAAACCCACCUCCUCCUCACUUUCUUUCUCCUCAUUUUCACCCACACCGCCGUCUCUUCUUUCAUUGGCGUUAAUUACGGCCGUGUUGCAGACAAUCUUCCACCACCGUCAACCGUUGCAAAUUUUCUCAAUUCCCAAACUACCCUCACCUCCGUUAAACUCUUCGACUGUGACCCACAAAUCCUUCAAUCCUUCGCUAACUCAGGUAUUUCUCUCACCGUUACCGUCCCCAAUUCUGACCUCAUCUCUCUCACUGACCCCACCACCGCCCAAUCAUGGGUUGCCACGUAUAUCAUCCCUUACCACCCUCAAACAAUCAUCCGUUACAUUGCCGUUGGUAAUGAAGUUCAUUUCUCUCGGGACAAAACCCUAAUCGACAACACAGUAAAAGCCAUGAGAACACUUAAUCAAGCUUUAAUUUCUGCUAAUUUAACCGAAGUUAAGAUAACAACCCCACAUUCGUUAGCUAUUUUACCCCCAUUUUCUUCCCCAAGUUCUGGACGUUUCCAGAAAGGGUAUAACAAUGUGUUCUUCAUUCCAAUGUUAGAAUUCCUCCGUCAAACUAAAUCGACAUUUAUGGUAAAUCCUUAUCCUUACUUUGGGUUCAACUCCUCCAUGAUUGAUUUCGCUGUUUUCCGCAAAAACGACGGCGUUUUGGAUAAGCGAACACGGUUGAGGUAUUACAAUAUGUUUGAUUAUUUGAUGGAUGGAGUUUAUUCUGCUAUGAAACGGGUGGGUUAUGAGGACGUGGAAAUAUCAGUGGGUGAAACCGGAUGGCCUUCAGCCGGAGAUGCAAAUGAACCGGCGGCGAAUUAUGAUAAUGCGGUCUCGUAUAAUAGAAAUUUAGUAAAACAUUUGAGGUCAGGUAGAGGAACACCAUUAAUGCCGAACCGGACAUUCGAGACGUAUAUAUUUGCACUGUUUAAUGAGAAUCUUAAACCGAGUGUUAGUGAGAGGAAUUAUGGGUUGUUUAGACCGGAUUUUAGUGCGGUUUAUGAUGUCGGCGUAUUGAAGUCGCCGGCUCAGGUACCAGUAGCACCGUCACCGUCAGAUGCAAAUCAGAAAUGGUGCGUGGCAAAAUCAGACGCUUCAGAUGUAACGUUACAAGGAAACUUGGAUUAUGUGUGUGGAUCAGGAAUUGAUUGCAAACCCAUACAAGAUGGUGGCCCUUGUUUUAGUCCCAACACCGUUAGAUCUCACGCAUCGUACGCGAUGAACGCUUACUACCACCUCAACGGUCAGGAUGCUGCUGCUUGUUACUUUGAUGGUUCCGGAAUCGUCACCUCCAAUGACCCUAGUUACGAAGCAUGUCAGUAUGUGGCAUAACGGCAUAUUAGAUCAGUAAGAUUUGGAAUAUUAUUUUGAUAUAAAUUGUGCAGGAAUAUUGUACUCUGAUCUUACUAUUGUGAUGUGUAGAUUACUCUAUUAACUGUUUAAACAAAAAUUAUCUAUUAAUAUCAUUUUACUAUAUUUUUUUGUUGGUUUA